CUUUGCAACCUUCGACUUGGUUAAAAACCCUUGGAAACACCAAAACAACGUUUCCCUUUGUUUUACCUCUUCUCAGUUCUUCCCCCAUUUUUUUUGGGAUAGACCUCAGUUCUUCCCGUUUCCCAUCUCUCUCUCUCUCUCUCUCUCUACCGCUUUCUCCCCCGAAAUAAUUCAAGAAACCCCAAUCCGGCACCUCUCUGCGGAAGAAAUCGAAGAAUCGUUGCUGAUUUUACUCAUCGAAAAUUGUGCAGAUUCCUGUCACUCUUACAAAUGGAUCAUUCUCGAUCUACCUCUGGGGCUGGUGAUGAUAAUGUUGGGAUUCCUGAUGAUUUGCGUUGUAAAAGGUCGGAUGGGAAACAAUGGAGAUGCACUGCCAUGUCUAUGCCGGACAAAACGGUGUGUGAGAAGCACUAUGUCCAAGCAAAGAAGAGGGCUGCGAAUUCAGCAUUACGAGCCAGUCUGAAGAAAGCUAAGAGAAAAUCUCUGGGUGAAAGUGACAUCUACUUGGAGAGUAAGAGUGAUGAUAUGGAUAUGGAUACACCAAUCGCUGAUGAACAAGUUGACGAUUACCCUGUUUCAUCCUCAGGGAAAAAGUAUAAGGAAAAACUCCACAAAAAUAAGGUUCAUUAUUCGCCUGACACACUUUCGAUGAGGAGUUUGGCGGCACGCAACCCACUUAAGCAAAAUGAUGAUCUGCAAAGAGAUGGCAUGCAGUAUGAGGAGAAUCACAGGUCUUACAACCCACCUAAAGAUAGAUUGCAAAAAGGCUUCGAUCAUAGUGUUAUGUCGGAUACCUCAGAUGAAAGCUCUGAUUCCUCUGACGAUUCUGGUGGACAAACUUGCCAUCAGUGUAGACGGAAUGACAGAGAAGGAGUUAUUUGGUGCCUCAGAUGUGAUAGGAGAGGAUACUGUAGCAACUGCAUCUCUACUUGGUACUCCGAUAUUCCGUUAGAAGAGAUCCAGAGGAUUUGUCCUGCAUGUCGUGGUACAUGUAAUUGCAAGGUUUGCUUACGAGGAGAUAAUUUGGUCAAGGCACGUAUAAGGGAGAUACCUGUCCAGGACAAGUUACAAUAUCUUCAUUGCCUUUUGUCAUCGGUCCUUCCUGUUGUGAAGCAGAUUCAUCAUCAACAGUGCUUUGAAGUAGAGCUGGAAAGAAAGCUUCGAGGAAAUGAAAUAGACCUUCCCAGGACCAAGUUGAAUGCAGAUGAACAGAUGUGCUGUGAUUGCUGUAGGGUAUCCAUUAUUGAUUAUCAUCGGCACUGUGCAAAUUGUUCUUAUGAUUUGUGCCUCAGUUGCUGCAAAGAUCUUAGGGAAGCAUCUAUUCUUGGUGUCAAAGGAGAGUCAGAAAAUCAUAUUGAUGGGAAAACUGAUCAGAAAACAACCGUGACAGAGCAAGUUAAUCCAUCCAAACUUACGUUGAAGUCAUCAGAUAAGUUUCCAAAUUGGAAAGCCAACAGCAAUGCCAGUAUUCCUUGCCCCCCAAAGGAGUAUGGUGGUUGUGGUUGCUUGUCGUUGACCUUAAAAAGAAUCUUUAAAAUGAAUUGGGUUGCAAAACUGGUGAAAAAUUCUGAGGAAAUGGUUAGUGGAUGUAAGGUUAAUGAUGAUGUUGUUAGUCCACAAGAAACUACCGGGUUAAACUCUGGGCUAUGCCUAUAUACACAUAGAGAGGACAGCGAUGACAAUUUCUUAUACUGUUCAACGUCUGAUGAUAUAAAAGCCAAAGGGAUUAGAGAGUUUAGAAAGCAUUGGAGCCAAGGAGAACCUGUUAUUGUCAAGGAGGUUUGUGAUGGCAUGUCGGGGUGGGACCCUAUGGUUAUAUGGAAAGGAAUUCGAGAGACCACUGAAGAGAAAAUGAAGGACGAUAACCGAACUGUGAAGGCUAUAGAUUGCUUAGACCGGUCUGAGAUUAGUAUUGAGCUAGGUCAGUUCAUCAAAGGAUACUCAGAGGGUCGAUUUCAUCAAAAUGGUUGGCCACAAAUGUUAAAGCUAAAAGAUUGGCCUUCUCCCAGUGCUUCUGAAGAGUUUUUGUUGUACCAGAGACCUGACUUCAGUAGCAAAUUGCCAUUACUUGAGUACAUUCAUUCCAAGUGGGGUCUACUGAAUGUUGCUGCGAAACUGCCUCAUUAUUCCCUGCAGAAUGAUGUCGGCCCUAAGAUUUUUAUGUCUUAUGGGAUGUACGAUGAACGUGGUAGAGGUGAUUCUGUGAAUCAUCUCCAUUUCAGCAUGCGUGACAUGGUAUACCUGUUGGUGCAUACAUGUGAAGUAAAGCUAAAAGGUUGGCAGAGGGCUAAGAUUGAGAACACAGAGAAAGCCUUUGAGGAUGUUGGGGCAAAAGAAUCACCAGGAAAUCCACAAAUUGGCUUGGAUAAAGCAGGGUCACCUUUACUAUCACUUGGUGUUCGAGAUAGAGAGAAUGAAUAUGAGGCUAAGUUAGAUGCAAGCGACGACGAUGAAGGAAUUAAAACUACUAAAACCCUUGUAGAGAAAACUAUUAAUUGUGAAGACUUGAACCAAGCUAGUGGAGAUAUCUUCGAAAAGACUCAUCUAGGCGCUGUUUGGGAUGUCUUCCGUCGACAGGAUGUUUCAAAGCUGAUUGAGUAUUUGAAAGCUCACUGGAAGGACUUUGGGAAGAGUGAGACUUCAAUAGAUGAAUUUGCAACACGUUCUUUACAUAAUGCAGAAAUAUUCCUGACAAGGAAUCAUAAAAGGCAAUUGAAGGAAGAAUUCGGAGUAGAGCCAUGGUCAUUUGAACAGCAUUUAGGGCAAGCUGUAUUCAUCCCUGCUGGAUGUCCUUUUCAAGUUAGGAACCUUCAGUCCACAGUUCAGUUGGGGCUGGACUUCUUAUCUCCUGAAAGUCUGGAUGAGGCUGUAAGGCUAGCUGAAGAAAUUCGCAGUUUUCCCAACGACCAUGAUGCGAAGCUUCAAAUGUUGGAGGUCGGAAAGAUGUCACUCUACGCUGCAAGUUCAGCAAUCAAGGAAGUACAGAAGUUAGUGCUGGAUCCAAAGCUUGGAGCAGAGCUCGGGUUUGAGGAUCCUAAUUUGACUUCCAUGGUUUCGGAGAACUUGGAGAAGAUGGUUAAGCAAAGACGUAUUACUUGUGUUUGAGUUCUAGGCUCCAUCGCGUAAACUGUCUGUAAAAUGCUUUUACUCAUUUACGGUUGUUUUUUUGGACAUAAAGGUGUUUAAAAUGUCGUCCUAGUAGGAGUAAUAGUCAUUAUUUUUUCUUCCAAAGCUUUUCGUUAGUGGAAAUUAGAUCCAAAUGCAAUUAUUUUUUUCUAUUUGCUAA